AUGUCUCGUGGGAUUAAGCACCAUGGGGAACAGGGAAAUAAGAAUUAUUUUGUGGACGUCACAGUUUCAGAAAAAGAAGCCACCUCAGAAAUUGAAGAUGACUAUGAAAAUCCUGAAUAUCAAGAUAGAUAUGAAUCAGAAAAUUUAGCAUACCUCAGACCUACAUGGCAAAGCACAACUCAUGACCCUUCAUAUAGUAGUUCAUCAAGAGCUGUUGAUGGUCAAAGAUCAGAUCUUUCCUAUAUUGGAAAACAAUGCAGUGUUUCUAGAGAUGGGGAAAGAACUGCCACGUGGUGGGUGAAUCUAGAAGGAGUUCGUGGAAUAAACUUCAUAGUCAUUUAUUACAGAACAGAUAACGUGUUCUGGAAUUCUGCCAAUGCGUAUACAACCAGAUUUCUUGGAUUUUAUGUGUACAUUUCAAAUACAACAGACAGACUCGCUGGGAAAUUAUGCUUUCACGACACAAAUUACAACAGAGCAACAAUACCAGCCGUUGCCAACAUCAGCUGUCCAGUACAUGGACAAUAUGUCAUCUACUAUAAUGAAAGACUUCAGGGCGUCAGCUAUCCAAAUGGAUAUUCAGUGAACGCGUUCACUGAGCUUUGUGAGGUCGAAGUUUAUGGUUGCUCCGAUCCCACUCGUUAUGGUACAGAUUGUUCUCACCGAUGUUCUUCAAACUGCCUACAGUACUGUCAUAUAGAAUCAGGAGAGUGUCCACAAUGUGCACCUGGUUAUCAGGGCAAAUGGUGUCAGCAAGAGUGUGACGACGGAUUCUUUGGGAAGCAAUGUAGUAUGGCUUGUGGACAUUGCAAACAACCGAACGAAUGCCACCCAAUAAAUGGAACGUGUUUAAAUGGAUGUUUUGGAGGAUAUAAAGGACAAUUCUGCAAUAAAACAUGCAAUGAAGGAUACUUUGGAGAAAACUGUAUCCACAAAUGUAACGAUACUUGUAAGGGAUGCAACAGAACAAAUGGUAUUUGUGAGAAUGGUUGUUAUCCUGGUUGGAAGGGAGCGUACUGCCAUGAAGAAUGUAAUGAUGGGUUCUUUGGCGAAAAUUGUAGCAUGACUUGUGGACAUUGCAAGAAGUCAGAGGAGUGUAACCCAGUAAAUGGGACGUGUUUGAAUGGAUGUUCUGGGGGAUAUGAAGGACAACUAUGCAAGAAACCAUGUUCAGUGGGAUACUUUGGAGAAAACUGUGUCAACAAAUGUAACGAUACAUGUAAAGGGCGUAAUAGAACAAACGGAGUUUGUGGAAAUGGAUGCUAUCCUGGUUGGAAAGGAGAAUUCUGUCAUAGGGAAUGCGAUGGCCGAUUUUAUGGAGAUAAUUGCAGUAUGUCUUGUGGACAAUGCAUAAACUCAGAACAAUGUCAUCCAAUCAACGGGUCAUGUAUGAAUGGCUGUGAUGAAGGAUUUGAAGGGACCUUUUGCAAUGAAACCUGUAGAAACGGAACCUUUGGACGAAACUGUCUUCAGACUUGUAACUCUACAUGUUAUGGAUGUAACAGAACAAAUGGUAAAUGUGACAGCGGAUGUCAUCCAGGAUGGAAAGGGAGCUACUGUCACAAGGAAUGUGACAAUGGAUUUUUUGGAAAUAAAUGCCGCAUGAUUUGUGGACACUGUAUAAAUUCAGAACAAUGUCAAUCAAUCAACGGGACAUGUAUGAAUGGGUGCGAUGAAGGGUUUAAAGGGACCUUUUGCAAUGAAACCUGUAGAAACGGAACCUUUGGGAGAAACUGUCUAGAGACAUGUAACUCUACAUGUUAUGGAUGUAACGGAACAAACGGAAUAUGUGAAACUGGAUGUUAUCCUGGAUGGAAAGGAGAUUACUGUCAUCAAGAAUGUGACAAUGGAUUCUAUGGAGAUAAUUGCAGUAUACACUGUGGGCACUGCAUUAAUUCAGAAAAAUGUCAACCAAUUAACGGAACAUGUAUGAAUGGCUGUGAUGAAGGAUAUCAAGGGACCCUGUAA